AUGGACAGCUUGAUGAAUGGAGGGACAUUCAGAUUGGAAUAUGUUAGCAUGGUUGAAGAUUGCAUGAAGAGAUGCACUGAACAUGCGGAUGAAUGUAACUACUUCUUAUUUCGUGCCGUGUAUGACCAAUGCUUCUUACAGGUAAAUAGUAGUUCAGCGUUUGCUUUCGAAGAUGAUGGUUCUUCAGAUAUCUACAUGAAAACUGAGUGCAGCAAAAACAUGGAACGCCAAAAAAGAGUUGAGUCAAUACCAUCCUGGUAUGCCAGUGCUGGAAAGACAGAACCACCACCAGAUAUAAACAACAAGGAACUGAGUGUUGGGCCACAAGCAACUCCACCGGUCAUAAAUUUGGAAAUAACAGAACAGAAGAAUAUAACCAAAAACUUGUCAAAAGUGGUCUCAAAUAAAGUCUGUUGGGAAAAGUUUAAAAACAAAGCUGUGGACCUACUAAUGCAAAGACACGAUUUUAAAUUAGUAAAAGUCAAGAACGUUAAAAAAUGUAGAAAGAAAUGCCUUAAAUUUGGUCGCCAGUGUCAGCACUUUGUGUUCAUUGGGCUCUUCGAUUACUGCUACAUCGAAAUCGAGGGCGGUUACACUAUUGUUUUAGAGGAAAUGUUUUCUUCUGAAGUUCAUCGGAGACAGAAGUGCAAGUGA